AUGCACAGACUGCACUGCAGCGGUAGCAACUUGUCAGCUGACUUUGGUCGCUUCCCGCCACGUCGUGUACGGCUCUACCGGCGCCAUGCGCCAACGCUACUGUACAAGGAAUCAUUAGCCACAACAGAACGAUCCAAGCGUCUCCCAUUAUUUAACCCCGCGGAUUAGCUCAGUGAGUGCACUCACGAGACGCAAGCUAAGUGGUUGCCAGUCAUGGGCAUGCCCGACGCCAACAGGCGCAUCAAUCUCGCCGCGCCGCUCCUCUCCGUCCGGCGCCACGGUGGUGCCGAGACAGCGCCCACGGGGACGCGGUUGCCAGCCUACAAGCAGGCGGGAGCCGCCACGUCGUCGGAGCCCCCGGGCCGCACCACUACCAGCGCCGUGGCCGUGGCCGUGCCAUUCGGGUGGGAGCGCCGCCCCGGUCACCCCAAGAGCGUCCGCACCCGCCGCCAGCCGCCGCCGCCGCCCCUCACGACGAUCGUCGACGACCCCUCUCCCGCGACGCGCCCCUCGGACGACACGCUCUCCCGCGACGACGCUGCCAGCUGCGUCACCGCCAACUGCAGCGCCACCACGGGCCUCAGCGACGCCGCGUCCGCGGGGGCCGGGACGGGGUCGUCGGAGCCGCGCGCCCGCGCCCGCGGCGGCGCCAUGAUGGACCGGUUCCUGCCGGCCGCGCACGCCGUGGCCGCCGCCGGGUCCCCGCAGAACGCCUUCCGCCGCAAGGCCGCCCGGACGGCGCCGGCCGCCGCCGACAGGAGGUUGUACUUGUUGCCAGCGCAGCCGCAGAGGCGGGUGCCCCUCCACCACAUUGCGGCGUGCCACCUGCCGCCGCCCGUCCCUCCCGCUCCCAUGAGCAGCCCCCGUGGCAAGAACGACGACUACGACGGCGCCAGUUCUGACGCGCGCAGCACGCCGGGCUUCGUGUCCAGGACUAGGAGGUGCGGCCUGCUCUCCGUCCGGUGCGUCAGGAGCGCCUUGCGGCGACGUGCGGGCAGACCGUUCCGGUCCAACGGCGGCGCCAGAAGCCGAAGAGAAAAGAAGCCACUGCUGCCGCAUACCGGAGACGAUCACGGCAUGGUACUGCAAUGCUGGGAGGAAGUGUACAUCAAGUCGCUGCUCCGGUCAGGCCGCGGCAGCCUGAUGGGACCGGCGGCCGCCGUGGCCUCGGAGCUGGACAGAACCGUGUGCGAACUGUACAGCAGACGCCGACACGGGCAGGCCGCCGUCCGCCCCAAGGCGAGCCAUCUGGGUCUGCUCCUGGUCCUCGACAGGUCAAACGAGGCUUGCGGCCACGCCGCCUCACCGCCGGCGCGGAAGUUCUCUAUAACCGGCGGCGGCGACACCGCGUUGCUUCUGAGGGGCGGCGCUGCUACCAAGGGCAGCUUGCGCUUGCCCAACGGCGGCGAGAAGCGGCUGGGACGUGACGACGACGCGGCCGCCGCCGAUGCUGCCGCCGGCGGCGGGGGGUACGGUUUCCCGCUGCUUCUGGACGACAAGGAGGGCGGUAGUGCCGGACGAGAGAUGGCGCUGUCAUCGCCGCAGCCGCUGCUCCCGUUGCCGUUGCCCAAGUCGCCUACGGAGUCGUGGCUCGCGCGCGCGCUGCCGUCCGUGUCCACUCGACCCCCGACCACGUCUUUUCUGGGCCUCCAUGUGCAGCCCAGGAAGCAUGCUCCGUUGCCGUGCUGCUCCAUUGAUUCCAGCAGGGACGUCCAUCAUGACAGGCAACGGCAAAUUCGCGUGCACGAUCUACACAAAUGAUGGACGAAGCUAUCCUGAUCGUGUUAAGUGCUAGCGAGCGGCUCCUGGUUGUUUUGUUCUAGUGAUGGGUAUAUGUAGGAAUGGAUAUGCUGUAUUGAUGGGUUAGUAAUCUCCAAGGGCAUAUGUUAGCAUGUAGCAUGAUUGUAUUCGUAUUACUACUAAUAGAGCUGUAUAGCUAUAUACUGGAGCCCGGGGUAAGUAAAUGACAGCGUAAUUUACCCA